CUAUUUGCUAUCCGCGAUUCCCUCUUCGUCUUCGUCUUCGUCUUCUCUUUAUUUGACUGCGCUUAUUUCCCGUAUGUUUUUUAUUAAUUGCUGGCCGAAGACACGAUCAUGUUUUCAUUUCGAGGGUUUAUACUACAGUUGAUGAUAAUAGCAGUAUGUCGAGCCGAGAUAACUUUUAAAUCUCCUUCCAUGGGAGAAGUUGUUGACCCAGGACCGUAUAAAAUUCGUGCGGGUGAUAGCGGGAUAGUGCCCACGCUGGGACAAUUUGAUGAUGCCAGUUGGGAGGUUGUUCUUUUCACUGGAAAUGAUACUGCUCCAUUUGAGCUUUAUAUCUUCAAAUUAUCUGGAUACCAAAUGAGCAAUCCAACGACUCAGUCCCCUCCAGUGAAUAUCAGAAACAGCUCAGGUCCGAACCUAGAAGACAAAUACUUUUUCGGCUACCGCUCCUAUCUGACAUCAAAUGAAUCUAUUUGGAUCACAGCCUACUCGGACCGAUUUACUCUUACAAACAUGACCGGUUCCUUGCCUGAUGAUGUGGUUACCGCAAAUGACAAUGUGAACUCGACAAAUGCUCCAAAACGAACAAUUUCUUGCGGCGCAAAGUCUGGAGGAGAGUGUGACGAGAAGGUCUUAGAAAACCUGGGACUGGGAUCAGUGACGACAAAUACUCCAAGUGUUAGUACAACGGCCGCAGCAACCACAAUAGGAACUGCUCCAGAGAACACAACUUCCGAUACCAACGAGGAUAGUAGUAAAAGAUUAAGCCGUGGAGCAUUUGCGGGGGUAGUCGUGGGUGUCGCGGUAGCAAUAUCGAUUAUGAUCGCGGCGGGGGUGUUCUUUAUAAUGAAAGCCAAGAAGAAGAAGAACGUGCCGAAACGAGAAACGAUUAGAAUUAAUGAAAAUUUGCCGAAUCAGGAUUCGAACGCAUUUCAUGAAGGGGAUACUUACGGAGGAAUGAUGAAGAAGAAUGGGAUCGAAGAUGUGGGCAGACGAGAGGAGUUGGAAGAUCGUAGAACGUAUGAGAUGAGUGCGGGUCACCAUGGAGUAGCGGAGAUGCCGGUAAACUCGUGAGCUCUACCAAGAUAACAAUAGACGUGGGAUGACUAGGUAUACUUCUAAUAGCCACUUGUUCCAUAUAUUUAACAUGUGUGUAGCGUUUUGACAGUCUCAAAAUACUGGCGAUAAAAACCUUGCACUGAAUGUCAUUUGGGAUCUUAAAUCCGCUUUGACAAUUGCAGUGCUCUCAGAGAACCACACUUCUUUGAAUAUCUAAAGGUUUAAAUAUAAUUUGCUGUAAUCCGCAUCAUUGAAACACCUCUUGGAAUACGACACUCUGGUUUCCAACAAGAGUAAACCAUUUGUUGAUUAAACAAUGUACAAUCUUGAGUAUAUGAAUCCCUCUAAGGCGAACAACCCUCCCCUAUUUCUCCGCUUCUCAUCUCAUGACUCUUCACGGACAUUUCGAGACGAAAUCGGAUAUGAAGCGUCACCAUCUUUCAAUUCAUCAGUAAGCUGUUGGUGGAAAAGCUAGUUCGUACAUCAGCCCACUAAAGCGAGUGUUGAUCUUUCUGGUUGACUCUGGGCUCUGCUAUAAGAUCUCCUUCGUGAAUCCAAUUCUUUGUCGCAAUUGUCGAAUGCGUAUAUUUAUGUUGAUCCCGACUUUUGAUUGCUUAAACAGAUCGCGAGUGCAGCCAGCUAGAAAUCUACAUCUUCAACAGUUCUUUCAUCAUCAACCGAGUUGUAUUCCCCUAAGAAAGAAAGGGUUUGUGCAUUUGGCUGUCAUAUUCUAUAACCUUGGGUUGGUGAAUGAUGGGUUUGUGUACCUAUUUGGGUUAAAUGGACUGACUAAUAAGAUAUGGAUGAGAAAAGAAUUGAAUAUGGAAAAAGGACUAUCAGAUCAGAUAUGAUGAAUGCUUCUUUGAUGAUUCCAUAUUCAUAAGUGU